ACAUUCACGAUUCUGCUCCCAUCGGUCAUCGCCCUUCUAGGGCUUUUGCCUUCGCUGGCACUUGCUUACAUGUUUGAUAUCGCCUUAUUAUCCCAUGGUUUUCCCAAUGAUACUCACGAGGCAUUCAUGCCGGAUCCAUACGAUCCGUACUCUCCUCUUGUUCGUUGCUCCUUUCUUCCCAGACACUCAUUUUGGUGUGAACCACCAGAAGAUCUGUUUGGCAACCAGACCCUUUUUGAACAACUUGGUGGGCAAGGGUGCUAUAAAUGGGGCGGAAUGUAUCCAGAGGAGGUACAACUGACCACGCUCACCUGUCACGCACUGCCGGGUAUCGAAUGCUAUGGCAAUCGCACUUUUCUCUUGCCCAACUACCCCUGUCUGCGCUACCAUGGUUACUACUUCCUUACUACCCUUCUUUAUAGCAUCUUUCUUGGUUUCCUUGGGGUUGACCGAUACUGUUUAGGCCACCUGGGUACGGGAGUAGGUAAACUCCUUACCCUCGGUGGUUGUGGCAUCUGGUGGAUUGUUGACAUCAUCCUCCUCGCUCGUGGAGAUCUCCGUCCUGCUGAUGAGAGCUCUUGGAUGCCUUUUAUUUAG